AUGGGUCGUGAAGACUUCCCGAGCUCAACAGCAUUUUUAUUGGGGGGUACAGAGGCCCUGCAGAAUCCUUGGCUAGGGAUUCUUCGUUAUUUGUCUCUUUUUAUUUUUCUCGUACCUGUCUCCUUAUCGCUUAUUCUUGAUGGAGCUUAUUGCUUACAAGCCUGUCUUAUUCAAGGAGACGCUGCUAUGAUGGGUAAGACAAAAGAAGAGACAGCUCCGUUCGGUGUACAACAAGAAGAGAUAGGAGGGGUUGAUGGUCUGCAGCAGCAACAGGGUAGCGGUGCUGUAUCUGCUGCUGAGGCAGCAAGAGGAGCAAGCGCAUCCGCACCGGCUACACCAUCAGCAGCUUCAGCAGCAGCAGUAGCAGCAGCAGCAGCAGCAGCAACGGAUCCAUUUGCUUCUGUUGAGGGGACAGUUCGGCACUCUGCAGCAAUGCGAAGCUUCGCAGAGGCUCGAGGAGACAGCACCUUCCCCUCUGUACAUACACCUAAUUUAAUCCCCGAUCUAGGACAAGUAGAUUUUGUAUUUAUCGAUAAAACGGGGACACUCACUGGCAAUGAUAUGACAUUUUCAAUGUGCAGCGUCGUAGGCAGGAUAUACGGUAUGGCGGAGUAUGAAGACAGUUUGGCGCCUUUGGAGACAAUGCGCACCCGCAGUGAUAUGCUGGGGUGUAGAGACAGUCAGCAGCAGCGCGAAGACAGCAGAGAAGGAGACAGAAGUGAUGCGUCUCCGAGGAGACACCGCACAGCUUCCUCUUACCGCAGCAGCUGCAGCGAGCUUACCUCAGAACGGGGAAAGAAGGAUGCGAGCAGCAGCAGCGCAGCAGCAGCAGAACCAGCAGCAACAGCAGCAGCAGCAGCAACAGAUGGAGACCCAGCAACAGCAGCAGCAGCAGCAGCAGCAGCACGAGCCGCAGCAGCAGCAGCAGCAGCAGCAACAGCAGCAAAUCGCACUCACCCUUCCUUCUCUACUGCUGCUGAGCACUCUAUGCUAGGAGAUGAACAGCAGCGCAGCCCCCCCUCUUCCAGCCCUCGAAAUUCGCAGACGUUGGAAGGCUGGACAAGGGGAGGAAGCAGAGGCGGCUCUGGGGUGUAUCAACCACAUGACUCGGGUCCACUCAGCUGUAUCCGCACCAUCGACGACAACAGCCCACGUGCCCCCGAAGGCCGUUCGGACGGAGACGCCCGAAGCCGAGCUCGAGAAGGUGCUUCAUGUCUCUCUUCUUUGUCUUCUGCCUCACAGUCUCCUGUCCCUGUUGAUGAUAGUCUCCGAAUAAAGCCGCUGAAGUCGAUGAAGAAAAAUAUUGCUUUUGCUGUUGACAACGUCGUUGAUUCGUCUCCUGAGGAGUCCGAGUAA